GUGAGAGAGAAGAGCUGAAGACUUCACGGGACUCUAAAAGAGAAGAAAACACAACAGAAGACAACAUUUUUACCCUGUUUCCACCUUCUCUGCGAUAUUUUUUAUACACCUUAACAGCUUUUUUAUUUUCAAACUUGAAACUUUAAGUGUGCAGUCACACUUUUAUUUUUUCUUACAUUAUCAGCCACUUCACUUAUCUUUCGAAAUGUUUCCAGAGGUAAACAGCUGCUACAGCUAUGAGGAAUGCAAGGCCACUGCUGAUUGGCUGCUCGCCCAGACAGACGUCAGACCCACAGUGGGCAUUGUGUGCGGCUCAGGGCUCGGAGGGCUCGCCGACCUGUUAAAGGACCAGGUGGCCUUCAACUACAAAGACAUUCCCAACUUUCCACAGAGCACAGUGCAUGGACAUGCGGGGAGGCUGGUGUUUGGACACUUAAAAGGAAGGCCGUGUGUUUGCAUGCAGGGACGUUUCCACCUGUAUGAGGGCUACUCAAUCCAUAAGAUUACACUGCCUAUGCGCAUCUUCAAGCUGCUCGGUGUUGAGACGGUGAUGCUGACCAAUGCAGCCGGAGGCCUCAACCAUGAUUUUAAAAUGGGAGACAUCAUGAUCAUCAAAGACCACCUCAACCUGCCCGGCUUCGCUGGCAUCAAUCCUCUGAAUGGACCCAACGAUGAGCGGUUUGGCGUGCGUUUCCUCUGCAUGUCCGAUGCAUACGACAGAGAGCUGCAGCAGCUGGCCAUGGAGGUGGGGCAGGAUCUGGGCUAUGGAGAUUUCCUAAAGGAGGGCGUGUACUGUGUGCUGGGCGGGCCAACAUUUGAGACAAUCGCUGAGGGUCGCAUGCUGCACAGACUUGGCGCCGAUGCUGUCGGCAUGAGCACAGUCCACGAGGUGAUCGUCGCGCGGCACUGUGGGAUGCGCGUCUUCGCCCUCUCCCUGAUCACCAACCAGGUUGUGAUGGACUACGACAGCGAAGAGAGGGCCAAUCACGAGGAGGUCCUCCAGGUGGGCAGGCAGCGGGCGGCGCAGCUGGAGCGGCUGGUUUACACCAUGGUGACCAAAAUUGUGCACAACAACUACGGCCUAAGAGACUAAGAGCCGUGUUUAGGCCUGCAGGAUACUUUAUGUGGUCAUGUUCUACAUUUAAGAAAAUCCCACUCAGUUGAGCUGAUUUUAGCCGGAGGUCAAAAGGUGAAAGGAUUAUAGUUACCUGAAGAAUCUCACUCGGACACACAGACACAGAAUCUUUGAAAACGCACUCAACUGUCCUAGUAUUUUAUGUCACUGUGCACAAAAGGUUACACAUUCCCCUGCUGAGCAGCUCCAGAAGAAAAAGUUGUUCAGUUUUUCUAUAUAAUUUUAAACAAGGUGUUAUUUUUUGCUAUCUUACAAUAUAUGAUCCCCUUUGUAAAUGUCUGCAAUUUAACUUAAAGAGCCAAAAUCUGCUGUAAAAGUCUUAAUUUUGAGGUUGUAAAAAUGUGUACAUUAACCAAACUUUUAUUCUAUGUAUUUGAGUGUACUAUUUUUAUAGUAUGUUAUUGUUAAAUAUACUAUUUAUUACUAUAUGAAGUUUUUGUAUUUCCCCCAUCAUCAUUCGUUCAUCACACCUAUUUCCACGGAUUUAUUCAAUUUAUUUGCAACCUUGAUUUUGUUUUGUGUUUGUUUUCUGUGGGCAGUGCAAGACCAAUAAAACUGAGUAGUGACUCAUGAA